UUAAAAUUGACCGCCACCCGUGAGCAAAUCGUUCGCUCGAUCUCGCUCUGUCGAUCGAGUACGGUAGUGGAAGCCAUUUUAUUCUUGUGAAUGUGACAAAAAAUAUUUUUGGAUUACCACGACUUUAUUUUUAUCGUGUCAAUGUGUGCCUACAAAAAGUGUCUUUUGUGACGUGCAUACGUGCUUUAAAAGUUAUAAUGUUCGUCUUUAAAAUCGGUUUGUGUUGACCUGCCCGUUUCUUCGCGGACUUCAGGCAGGCAUCGAUUAGUACAGAAGGCAGCCUGUAACGGCAAACAGAGGCACUGGAAUAGUUGUGUGCGCCAUGGGCAAUAAUGCUGCCACCGCCAACAAAAAGGUGGAUGCCGCCGAAAGCGUCAAGGAAUUUCUUGACCAGGCCAAGGAAGACUUCGAGGAGAAAUGGAAGAAAAAUCCGACAAAUACCGCCGGAUUGAAUGACUUUGAACGAAUAAAAACGCUCGGAACUGGUUCAUUUGGGCGUGUUAUGAUAGUGCAACAUAAGCCGACAAAAGAGUAUUAUGCUAUGAAAAUAUUAGAUAAGCAAAAAGUUGUUAAGUUGAAACAAGUAGAGCAUACCUUAAAUGAAAAACGAAUUUUACAGGCUAUUAAUUUCCCAUUCCUUGUAAGCCUUAAGUUUCAUUUCAAGGACAAUUCUAAUUUGUACAUGGUGCUGGAAUAUGUUCCUGGUGGCGAAAUGUUUUCCCAUCUCCGCAAGGUUGGCCGAUUUUCAGAGCCACACUCGCGAUUUUACGCCGCUCAGAUAGUCCUCGCUUUUGAAUACCUUCACUACUUGGACCUUAUCUAUCGAGACCUUAAACCUGAAAAUCUUUUGAUCGACUCGCAAGGCUAUCUUAAAGUAACCGACUUCGGUUUCGCGAAGCGAGUCAAGGGGCGCACGUGGACGCUUUGCGGAACACCUGAGUACCUGGCACCAGAAAUCAUCCUGUCAAAAGGAUACAAUAAAGCUGUAGACUGGUGGGCGCUGGGAGUCCUCGUCUACGAGAUGGCGGCUGGAUAUCCGCCUUUCUUCGCCGAUCAACCGAUACAAAUUUACGAGAAAAUCGUGUCGGGUAAAGUGCGCUUCCCAUCGCACUUCGGCUCCGACUUGAAGGACCUUCUGCGUAAUCUCCUGCAGGUAGAUUUGACGAAACGUUAUGGAAACCUAAAGGCGGGAGUGAAUGACAUUAAAGGACACAAAUGGUUUGCUAGUACUGACUGGAUUGCCGUGUUCCAAAAGAAGAUCGAAGCACCCUUCAUCCCCCGCUGCAAAGGUCCGGGUGAUACAAGUAACUUCGAUGACUAUGAGGAGGAGGCCUUGCGUAUUUCAUCUACGGAGAAAUGUGCGAAGGAGUUUGCAGAGUUCUGA